AUGUCACCUCGAUCUGGAAUGAGUCGGGGAGUUACUACUGGUCAAUUGAUUGCAUCACAUAUUUUGGAUACUACAAAGAGCGGUCGAAGCGAGAAUAGAAUAGUAUAUACAUCAAUCAAUGAACAAGGUUAUCAUCAACCAGAUCCAAGUCAUCCGAAUCAGGGAUAUCUAACUCCACAUUGGAGAAAUUUGAAACCGUUCCUUUUAGAUGUUGGAUCACAGUUUCGUGCUUCAGAUAUCGUUCGUGAAACGCCAGCUGUCCAUCUACUAUUUUUGAGCUCCAUGCUCUAUAAGAAUGAUAUCAAUGAAGUUAAAGCAUUUGGAGGCAGAGCCACUUUGAAUCGAGUCAGUGAUCAAACUGAGAUUGAUAGCUUUUGGGCUUACGAUGAUAAUGCGCGACUAUUCGCUCUUGUUAAUUAUGUUAUGGCUGAUGCUGGUAUUGCCGUAUGGGAUAGUAAAUAUUACUACAGUUUAUGGUGUCCUAUUGUAGGCAUUCGACAAAGAACAACAAGUAAUGUGGUUGAGCACAAUUGGCGACCAUUGGGAGCUCCAACAAAUGGCACUGAUGAUAAUUUCACUCCGGAAUUUCCUUCUUAUGUCUCCGGCCAUGUAACAUUUGGUUCAGCUGUGUUUUACGUUUUGUGGCGCUUCUACGACGCAGAUGAUAUCUCGUUCGAAUUUCAAUCAGAUGAAUACAAUGGUAAAACUGUCGAUUCAAUUACACGACGAGCACGCCCAGUGAGAAUACGAAGAUAUCGAUCAUUCACAGAAGCAGACACGGAAGAUCUCUUGAGUCGAACCUAUCUAGGUGUUCCUUGGAGAAUCGAUCAAGAAGAAGGACAAUCUAUGGAUCAAAAAGUUGGAUCAUUUGUCUUUGACCAGUUGAGUCAAUGA